AUGGCUGCCGUCGGGGCGACAGGAACGACCCCUCCGGCCCCGCGGACGCCGCCGGCCGCCGCUGAGUUCGGGCAGCCCGACGGGGCGGCCGCGAGCCUGGAGGUCGGGAGCGGCUUCCAGGACGUGCCGCGGCGGCCUUUGCGAGCAGUAUACGUGCGCAGCGAUGACCACACGCGCGACGGCUUGCUUAGCCGCACCGUGGCGGGGGCCUGCCGCUGCCUGCUGCAAGCCUGCGAGGCGCGGGGCGCGCAGCUCACUUUGCUGCCUUUCGCUGGACUCGACUUGGGCGACCCUAGCCUGCUUGAACUCUUCUACAACUCAGAUGUGGUCUUUGUCGAUAUGAGCAAUAGCUGCACACAGGCAACCUUGUUCUACCAUUUUGGAGUCCGCGAGAGCUUUGACAUGACCAAUAACGUGAUCCUGUUCAGCGACAUGGAUGCUGACAUUACACUGAAGGAUAUGGUAACUCCAGGCAACAUAGAUUGUAGUGGGAAUUAUUAUUUCAUCCCAUACAUCGUGACACCAUCUGGUGAUUACUUCUGCUGCGAGAAUGAAGUCCACGGGCAAGCUUCUGAGUACAUACAGUCCAACUCGAGCACCAUCCUGAGCCCACUGAGAUUGCCCCUGGUGAACAAGUUGGUUGACCUCCUCAGGGACAUGCAUGUCACCUCAUGUGCUUACUAUAGAAACGCCUUGUUAAAUGGCAUCCUGAAAGCCAGACAGAAGUACCAGGGGAUUGAGCUGGCGAAUGAACUGGCUCGGAUCAGGCUCCGCAUGUAUCACACUGAGUUUCUGACCUCUGACAUCGUCAUCAAUCUACUCCUCUCCUACAGUGACAUCCAGCACUACGAUGCAAUGGUGAAGCUGGUAGAGACGCUGGAGCUACUGCCCACGUGUGAUUUGACCGAUCAACAUCUUAUUCACUUCCACUAUGCAUUUGCUCUAAAUAGGAGAAACGAAAUAGGAGACCAGGUGAAGGCUCUUCAUGUGAUCCUGCAGGUUCUGCAGAGCUGCGAGUACCCGGCCCCUGAGAUGUUGUGCCUCUGUGGGAGGAUCUACAAGGACAUCUUCUUGGAUUCGAACUGCAGUGACGUCCACAGCCGAGACUGCGCCAUUGAAUGGUAUCGCAGAGGGUUUGUGCUCCAGCCAUCUCUUUAUUCUGGAAUUAACCUUGCAAUUUUGCUGAUGGUUGCUGGCCACAGAUUUGAAACUUCCAUAGAACUAAGGAAAAUAGGUGUCCAACUGAAUAGCUUGUUGGGAAGAAAAGGCAGCUUGGGGCAAAUGAAAGACUACUGGGAUAUCGGGCAUUCCUUCAUCAUGAGCAUGAUGACCUGUGAUGUCAGCAAGGCCAUCCGCUCAGCCGAGCAGUUGUUCAAAGUGAGGCCUCCAGUCUGGUACCUGCAGUUGUUGGUUCGGAACUUGUUUUUGAUACAGCGCUUCACCAAUCCCAUUGUUGAAUACUCUCCCAGACAGGAACAGCUGAACUUCUGGCUAGAGAUCAUUUUGCAGGCAACCAGAAAUGUUUCUGCCGGACUCAGAUUUCCAGUUCUGUUGGUUGAAGCAGUCAGUGUCUACAGACCCGCAUAUGUUUCCAUCAACAAUGCUACUGAGGAGAAAGUGAUUUUUUUGUGGCACGUCUCACCCACGGAUAUGAAACAAAAGCACGAAUGGAAUUUGAAGGCGACUUCCAUUAAGGGAAUAAGCCUCUCCAAGUGUGAUGAAUGCUGCUGUUUUCUUUACAUCUCUGAUUCUGAUGACUUUCAAAUCUGCUUUUCCACUGGAGAACUACGUAGUAGGUUUUUCACUUUGGUCAAAGAGAUGUUAAGCACUACAGAAAAUAGCACAGCGAUACAUGCAACAGGUGUUUUCGGAAACAUCUUUCAGUAUGAGUAUGAGCUGGAUGCAGUCGGCAGGAAAGUUGUCUUGGGAAAAGGCACAUAUGGGACUGUGUAUGCUGCCCAAAAUGUGAACAGUGGAGUGCGGAUAGCCAUCAAGGAAAUCCCGGAGAGAGACAGCAGGUGCCCUCAGCCUGUUACAGAGGAGAUAACCGUGCACAGAUACCUCAGGCACCGCAACAUUGUUCAGUACUUGGGCUCUGUCUCCGAGGGCGGCUACCUGAAGAUAUUUAUGGAACAGGUGCCUGGAGGAAGCCUUUCCGUUCUGCUGCGGACAAGAUGGGGGCCAAUGAAGGAGCCCGCAAUCAAGUUUUACACCAAGCAGCUGGUGGAAGCCCUGAAGUAUCUCCAUGACAACCAGAUAGUGCACCGAGAUGUAAAGGGCGACAAUGUUCUGGUAAACACAUUCAGCGGAGUGGCGAAGCUCUCUGACUUUGGAACCUCAACACGGCUUGCGGGCAUGAGCCAGUGCACGCGCACCUUCGCAGGCACUCUGCAGUACAUGGCGCCUGAGAUCAUUGGCCAGGGACUGUGCGGGUAUGACUCCGCCGCUGACAUCUGGUCCCUGGGCUGCACCAUUGUGGAGAUGGCCACCAGCAGGCCUCCGUUCCAUGAGCUUGGCGAACCGCAGGCAGCAAUGUUCCAAGUGGGCAUGUUUAAGACCCACCCCAAGAUCCCAAAAUUCCUGUCGGUGGAAGCCAGAGCCUUCAUUCUGUCCUGCUUUGAGCCCAGCCCCCAGAAGCGGGCCACCAGCGCCCAACUGCUCCAAAUGGCCUUCUUGAGCCAGGUGGACUGCGAGAACUGGAGUGACCUGGAGUUCCAGCCCUUGGGUGAGGCCUGUACCUCUGAGGACCGCGAGCUCCGGGCCAUUCUAUACCAACUUCUGUUGGAGAAGCAGAACCAGGUGGCUUCCAGCCUUCAGGAGUUCUUGGUCCAGGGUUCCAUAGAGCUAUACCUCUCCAUCGACCACAUCAAAAGCAUCAUCGGGAUCCUGCGGGACUUCAUCCACUUGCCGGAGCACGGGCUCAUGGUGGCAAUGAUCUCAAAGCUCAAGAUGGACCUCAACUUUGACAACCUCGCCAUCAGCCAGAUUCACCUGGUCCUGUUUGCCUUCCAGGAUGCAGUUAAUAAAAUGUUGAUGAACUACUUAAUGGGGUCCUACUGGAAAUUAGCAAUGGACAUCCUGUACCAGGCAGUGCAGGCUGCCAUCACCACUCUCGUGCCAGAACUCCAGAGCUGCUCUCAGUUUGCCUCUGCGGGACCAGACCAGAACACGGAGCAGGUAGACAGGCUGCCAGGUGGUAGGCCUCAGGCUGACCAGACCGAUGCGGCUGUCGGAGGCUCUGGUGCCACAUCUGCCCCGGAGGGCCAGCUGCACUCAGACAUCCAGUACAGCCACCUCCAGGGGGGGACCACCCAACUUUUGGAACACCUAAUUCAGAGAGAGAGAAACUACCAGAGCUUCCUGCAGCAAACUCUGCAGGAAAAAGCUCAGGAGCUGCAUGAGCUGCAGCACAGCACGCAUGCUCCUGCCGAGGACCCUGGGCCCUCUCAAGGGCAGAGGACACAAAUGAAUCUCUUAGAAUGGUUGAAGCAGCAAGGAGCGGAUGCAAGCCUCAUUGAAAAGAUUGUCGAGGAAGGCUACGCGCUGUCUGCAAUUCCUAAUAACAUCACUAAGGAGGAGCUGAGCCAUCUCUACCAGCGGGGUGGUCUCCUGUACCGGUUCUGGAAUGCCCUCUCCCAGUAUGGAAGCAGGUUUGGUGGGCCUCGCUAA